AUGAUUUUCACGCGCGGUGUCUCCCUGACGAAUUUCGUCAUUGCCAGUUCGGCCCUGGCCUUCCAGGUCUUUGUUCUCUACCCGUGGCACGAACGGCUAGACGAGGAAUUUCGACGCCUGAAGCAGGAGCACAUCAACAUUCUUCACCAGGGCGAAGAGGUCCGACUCGGCGAACUGAAAGGAAUCAACGAACAACUCAAGAAACUAGGCCACGGCCAGAAAUAA